AUGUCGAGCUUGGCUCCAUUACUGACCCCGCUUUCGAAGAAACAACGGGGGAAAGCCAAGAAAUACAUUGCUGUCGACCAGUUCAAUGGUGGCGUUAGUCCUUACCUGCCCCUGGCACAUAGCCAUUCACGGACGAAGAAAGCUAAGAAAGAUGGCGGAAGAAAGGGCCCUAGAGUGGUGAAUUCCAAGCUUGCCUGUCAGUUUGAAGAGGCCAUGAGGAGACGCGACUUUCGACAGGUUCUGUGGAUGAUCACCAAUGGUGACAUUCCUGCCAACUAUGAGACGAAAACUGGGGAAACGGCGCUACUUGCUGCUGUGUCUGCGAAGAAUCUGGAUGCACUCGCAAUGUUGAUGACAAGUGGGGUUUCCAUCGAUACUCCUAACCGAAGAGGAUACACACCGCUGAUGAAGGCAAUCGCCGUUGCUGUACCGCAACACAGGUCUGCAACCAAACAAGUGUCGGAUAUCUCGGUAUUAUCGAGCAACAAUAUCGAAGAGCUGGAAAAUACAAGCGCUUCUGUGAAUGAUGUCAAACCUGGGAUUUAUGACAACGAUAUUGUCGCGAGUGUCCUGGAAUAUGAUCCGAUUUUGAUUCAAGCGGAUCAAUCCGGAAGAACCGCGUUUGACUGGGCUAAACUCACAGGGAACACACAAGCGUUUAAAUGGUUGGAGAAACGGCAGCAUGAGAAAUCCCUAAAGUAUCAGAGUUCCGCAAACCGUCAGGAACGAGUGGCCCAAUGUCAAGAGCUUUUGAGUUUCCACGAAGAAUGCAUUCAACGAAUUGAAAGCUUGAUUGCACCUCAGUUUUUCAAUGAAGAUGAGUUGGUAAAGUUUCUGAAGACAACGACGAUAACAGCAGCCGAAUUCACUAAAGCCUUUGAUGAUCUCAAGGCAAUGGACAACACUCCGAGAUCUUUACCGUUCCGAUCGCAAUUCUAUGUCAAUAUCGAAACACGAGAAGGGUGGACGCCAUUAACGAAAUGUGCAGCUUUCGGCUACGUUACUGCAGUCCAGGAAUUGCUAGCAAUGGGUGCUGACCUUCAAUACGAGACGAGACUUCGGCAUACUGCUAUGACAUGGGCAUCCUAUUGUGGACACGAAGCUGUGGCUUUGCACUUACUUCGCAUUGGAGUGGACGUGAACCAAAAGACACGAGAUGGUAAAACUGCCUUGAUGCAUGCAAUCAGCAACUCACAAGUCAAGAUUGUGCACCACCUACUUAUCGCUACUCGUGACGAGUGUUUCCCAGCGCAACCAAUCGAGUCGUUCUCCACUGAAGUUGAUCCAAAUAUGCAGCUCCAAUCCAAGAUUAAAGCUCGUAUUUCUGCUCGAAAGACAAUGGAGCACAAAUCCAUCGAAAUUGAAUGGCACAAAACGUUCUUAAAGAAGAUGAAAUGGCAGGAUCAAACUGGUAAAGACGCUCUUAAGUUGGCACAGUAUGCUGUGGAGCAAGCAGAGGAGGUUUACACUGAGUUACACGAUGAAUCGAGUUUAUAUCGAGAAGAAGAAGUACACCCAGCGAUUCAAGUUCUCCGACAAGUUCAUACUGCGAUCAAAGAAGCAGAAGAGCACAAGAAGUACGUCGAACUACACGCAGAGCGCACGAAACUCACAACGUGUCACAAUGAUGGCUGCAGUUUUGCGGCUCCUAAGGAUGUUCUGCCAACACACGAGCAACAUCAUUGCUCGAAGCGCACAAUCAAGUGCGAUAAUUGCGAUGCUAUCUUGAUUUUUGAAGAUCGAGGUCAUCAUGACGCACAGUUGUGUCCUAUGCGGCGUGUACAAUGCACUAACUUUCAGUAUGGAUGCCAAGAGCAAAUCCUCUAUCGAGACAGAGAACACCAUCUCAACCAUCAUUGUCGAAAGCGGGCGAUGGAAUGUCGUCUCAUGUGUGGAGCUACGGUACAUUUUGACAAGCUGGAUGAGCAUGAAAGCGCUCGAUGUCCCUUGCGAAUAGUUAAAUGUGAUCGAGGGUGUCAAGCGAAGUUUACUGCAAAUUUUGCCAAAAAUCAUCGACUUCACGAGUGUCCGAAGAGAAUGGUCUCGUGCAAGGGGAAGAAUGGAGGCUGCGGUGUACUGGUGAAGUACGAUGAAAUGGAUUUUCACUUAUCUAAGUUGUGCGAGCUGAGAGAACUCGCGUGCAAGUGGGCCUCGUAUGGCUGUGAAGAAAAGAUCGCUGGAGUUGCAGCAGCUCGGUACAACCACGAGACCCACGAGUGUCCAUUUCGCUUUGUAUCUUGUCGCAACGGAUGUGAGUUGAGCGGACAGUUUUUGGCUUGUUUUGCUGAGGAGCAUUACCGUUGGCAAUGUAUGCUCGAAAAAACGCCUUGUCCGAAUGAAUGCCACGAUGAACUGACAGGAGAAAUAUUGCAACUUCCUAGACACUUAAUGAUGACUCACGUGUUACAGAAUGUUGGCGACUGUCCCUUAAGAAAAGCGCAUUGUCCGCUAGAUUUGUGUGGCAAGCACUUUCGACUGUUUGAAACAGAUGCAGCUUUGGAGGGUGAAGAUGACAGUUGUGGCAAACUGGAAAACAAAUCAAUCAGUUUGAAUGCCAUGCAACAACACAUCAACAUGUGCGAUGUGUUUCUAGGCAAAAUUCAGGGUUUGCAGCAACAAUCUGCAUCAGACCUGAGUGAGGAAUGGAUUCUGAACAUUUUCGAGAAACCAGACACGGUGAAAUUCCUCGUGGAUUGGUUGCAAAGCAUUCGCGCCAAGCUACAGCAGACUUACACUGAACUCAAGUUACAGAAGGACAUUUCUUCACAUGUUUGCCGCAUUUUGACGUUCGAUCCAAGUAAAUCCCAACAUUUAGUUGAGUUUUCGAAUGGCCACUCGACGUGGAUGUCACUAGAACAGCGUGAGUGUGAUAUUGUACUUCCUAACGAUGUCGAUGCGAUGGAAUCAUGUCUUCAGUACUUUCGCUGUGGUCUUUUACCGGCCCAAACGCUAGGAACGCACAUCGACGAGGAUUGCUGCCAUCGUUUAGUACCUUGUCCACUCAACUGUGGGCAACGAUUUCCAGCACAUACGCUUGAGUUUCACGUGGUAAAGCGCUGCAAUAUGCGCAAUGCCUCCUGUCGACUUGGAUGUGGAGAAAUCAUGGCAUUCGGACGUCUAUCGGAACACGAAUCGGAUCAUUGCGAAUUUCGAUCUGUCUUUUGCGAGUAUUGCCAUUUAUCUUUUUCCGUGAAAAAUUUGGGAAUGCAUCUGGACAAGGAAUGCCAGCAAUUACCUCGACGUUGUCGAUUUGGCUGCUCAUCUAAAGUUGCAUGGGCUGAAACUAAAGAACACGAGUCAAGUCAAUGUCCUAAACGUCUAGUAAAAUGCAGAAUUUGUGAUGAAGAUGUUUGGUUCUGCGAGCGGGAUCGUCACGAAAAAGAUGAAUGUCCGCUGCGAACUUAUGGAAAAUGUGACGACGGCUGCGGACAAAUGCUACGCUACAACGAAAUUGCGCACCAUCUUCUCUUCAGUUGCGCAAAACGAACUGUUGAAUGUAAAGAAUGCAAACAACGAAUGAAAUUUAAUUCUCUUCAAGAACAUCAUGAACUUCGCUGUCCACAACGAGUAAUAACCUGCCGGAAAGGGUGUGGAGUGUGCAUAAAGGAGCUCGACAUCGACACACAUGAGAGCGAAGAAUGCACCAAACGACUGCUAUUUUGUGAGAAUCAGUGUGGACUGCAUGUUCCAUACUGCGAGUUGGAAGACCAUUUGAAGUCAAAAUGCACAAUGCGAGUCAUGAUGUGUCCUACGGGCUGUCGUGAACUGGUAUUUGCGUAUCAGUAUGAAGACCACUGGAAACGCUGUCGACAACGCGUUGUUCCCUGUGGUGUAGGCGGGAAAUUGUGUGCUCGUCCUAUUCGUGUCUGGCACAUGGGGAACAAACUAGUGCGUUGUGCUGUCCACCGCGAAAACGCACUUCUCUGGGCUCUGAAAUCCCAGGAUUUGGAUCUUGCAACUUAUUUAUUGCAAAAUGUCGAUGCUUUCAACGUGGUUAAUGAAGAAUUCGCGAAUGGUUUCUCUCCUCUAGUACUCGCAGCGUCAUUAGGGAACGUUGACCUAAUUCAACUUCUACUUCGCUUCGGAGCAGACGUGAACUUGGAAACGUCUCGUGGCAGAACUCCACUAUCAGAAGCUUGUAUGGCUCUGGACGUGGAGAUCGUCAAGUUACUGAUCGAUAAUCGAUCAAGUGUUACGCACACUAAUAGACAAGGUAGAAAUCUCUUGCAAAUGGUUCGUGCAUUUGCUGACUCCGAGAAUUCGUCUAGCGAGGCGUCAGAUAAAGUAUCUAAGUGGAAGCAGAUCAUUCAUUUGCUGGAGGAACAGGAAGCACUCGAACGUGCCCAGUGCGACCUGUUUAUCGCUAUCGCCAGCUCUAACUACGACCAUUUAAUUCAAUGUUUCAAGUAUUCUGCUAAAACACCGAGUCAUGUAUUUCCUACUUCAAACCCAUUGGAAACACUACAAGAGCUGGUAACCGAGAAAGAAAAGCAAGCAAAAGCUGUGCGUGCAGAAUUGGAUGAAGCCAUUCACGUGUUCAAUGAGAGCAUCGCUGAAACGGAGGCCAAACGUGUCCAAGCUGUUCAAUUAUCCUCUCAAGUCGACGAUAGUUGUCGACGACUACAGAACGUGGAGAAAGCCGAAGAAGCGUCCGACAUCGACUCAAGUGCUCUUGAAGCUGACAUGCUAGCUAUGAUCCGUCAGAUCACAGCACAAGACAUCGCACAGCUGCUUAAUUCCCACGUUCCGUCCGAUACGUCAUUAGUAGUAGUAAAAGCACUCUCGCUGUUGUGUGGAGUAGUUCCUCGUGGACGACGGAAUGCGACGGAGUAUACUGACGUCGAAUGGUGGAAAACCGCCCAAGCUUUGCUCAUGGAUCGUAGUCUGCUGCGUCAACUGCGUGGCUAUCGACAACAAACUAUUUCGCCCGACGUCAUGGCCAAAGUCCGUCGUGAAUGUUUGAAAACACCCGCGUUUGCUGUUUGCUCGGCGGAAUUUAAGGCGAAUCGUGCGACUUUCAACACCGAGUCUGGAGAGCGUAGUAUGAAUAGUCGAAUCCCUCCAGCCGAGACACUGCGUGGUAAUAUCAUAGGGAUUCUAGCGACGUGGGUCCAAGGCGUUGAGCUUGAGUACAGGGCUCGAGCAGAACGUCAAGUGCUCGAGGAGCGUAAACGCCAGCUCGAAGUUGCUCUCACUGUGGCACGUGAAAAGCAGCAACAUUCUAGCUUCGAAGCUCAAGUGGGGGCUCGGUCUCUUCCAGCUCGACAAGAAGAAGUCGAAGCUGUUCGUGUUCAAAAUGACAUUGCGGAAAAGGAGUUGGAGGUGGCUAAAAAGCGUUUAAGCACCUACAAACUACUGAACUACGCAGCUCUUAGUGGCCAUACGCCACUGACUUUCGCGUGUGCUGUGGGAAACGAAGCCAUUGUUCACAUGUUAAUUUCGCACGGUGCCUGCAGUGGCCACCAGUUCGAGGAGCAAAACUUAUGUGCCUCCUUCAUCCAAGCACUUGUGCGUGAUUUUCAGUAUCGAAAGCAAUUUGAACGCCAGCGACGUCUCCAAGAACUGAGUGGAGGGGGGAUCAAACCUCGAUCUGAUGCAGCUACUGAAGCACUUGUAAGGAAUGUAGCCCACGCGUUCAUUGUCGGUCACUACAAACGCAAACUCGUACAUUUUCGACAGACCCACCGAGUUGCAAUCCACGAAGCAAUCAUCAACGGAUAUCCCGAAAUUGCAGCAAUUUUACUGUCGAAAGAAGCGAAACUAUGGCAAAAGACGUAUGUGUUACCCGAACGGGUUUAUCCGGGAUCGCUACUUGAGAACAUUGCUCCGAUCUCAAAGGAAUCGCAGGAACUGGUUAAGCGGCAGGGGAAGUGGAAAUUACACCCGCUUGCAACGGACCAAAAGAAAACCCAAAAUUCUCAAGAAGAUACCGAUGAAAUUGACUUGGGAAAACCUAUGACAGUGGCAGAUACGCUGAAUUGCGCACUCAAAUACUUCGAUUGUCGUUUGUUUAAUGCGUCGAAGGGCUGGGAAUCUGGUGUGACAGUAUACUCUACUACUGCCGAGUUCGUGAAUAAUUCUUUGGAGAAAAUGGAGAAUGCAAGGCAGGAACAGCAAAGGCAACUGAUAAGCAGAAGAAAUGUAAUUCGAAAAACUGCUGAGCUCAAGGAGAAACAUGCAGCACUCGAAGCAGCGAUCAUUUCUCGCAAUUUCAUGGACGUCUCUUGUCUACUGGAUGAUGGGGCGUUUGCAGACUACGAGACGAGUAGCGGAGCCAUGUCUGCUCUUAUGGCUGCUUGUGUCGAGGAGAUGUAUGUUGAAAACGAGGACGGAACAGAUGUAUUAGCUGUAGAAUAUCUAUUAGAUCGCACCAUGAAUCGUCCAUUAGUGAACUAUGAGAGUUCUGAGGGGCUCACAGCGUUAGGAACAGCAGCAUUUUACGGCACGUUGAAGUGUGCUCAAGUGUUGAUCGAGCGUGGAGCAAGCAUAAACUUUGCAGCACGUUUGAAUGGACGUACAGCACUCAUGACCGCCGCAGACAAUGGGAAAGAAGAGUUUGUUCGCUUCUUGUUGGCAAGCAAAGGAGUUGGCGUGUUCCUGCGAGAUAGCAAUGGGAAAACAGCCUUGGAUUAUGCUCGCACUAGCGGAUUCGCAGAGAUCGCUGGUCUUUUAGAGGCAGCAAUGGGUGGCAAACAUGAACGAGUAGUGAGUACAGUAUCCGGUUUGUAUGGUGUAUGUAAAUGGGGAUGCGGCUUUAUGACUCAAUUCGAAGGUCACCUAGUUCAUCAAACUCGGGUUUUGAAGAAUACGAACCCUUUACAAGAGCACGAGCUGCAUCAUUGCCCAAAGCGCCACGUGCCCUGUCCAAAUCACUGCGAUAUCGACAAAUUAUGGGCUGAAGAGGUGAAAGAUCACAUUCAAAAUACUUGCAAGCUUCGACUUAUCAAUUGCUCAAACCUGAAAUGCACCGUCCGAUAUCCGUUUAAAGACCGUACAAAACACCUUCAAGACGAAUGUGAAUUCCGAUUAGUUGUAUGCGAAUGCGGUGAGAGUUUGAGUUUCCAGCGUCACGUGGUGCAUGCAAAGACGCAGUGUCUGAUGCGACUCGUUCCGUGCCCGUUGCAAUGCCUAGAAGCUGAUGACACGAAGUCUCAAGUGCUCCAACUUCGGUGGCAGGACGUGAAAGCGCACGUGAGUGGAGACUGCCCUCACCGCAAUGUGCGCUGUCGAAAUGGUUGCAUCAUCAAUGAUUUACUAUUGAAGGACCGUGUUCGUCACGAAACUACAGUCUGUACGCUUCGACGUAUUGAAUGCAAAUGGGGCUGCAACGAGACUGUACUUGCCAACACCCAAGCAGUUCACGAGCGAGACGAAUGUGAAUUGCGUCAACAAAGUUGUCCGAAUCGCUGUGGUCACAAUAAUGUUCCUGUACUGGAGAUGGAUGAACACAUUUCAGUGAAAUGCUCUCGUAGAUUGGUACAGUGUUCGUUAGGCUGUGGCCGUAGAGUUCCUCUACAUACAAUGGAUACUCACGUAGCUCAAGACUGCCGUAAGCGCACGAUAGCGUGUGGACAGUGUCACCAAUUGUUGCUAGAGGAAGAUCGAACAACUCACCAAAACUCGCAGUGUCCGAAUCGACUGACAGUGUGUGGAUUGUGCGGACAGACCAAUCUAUCGCACUCACAAAUGGGUCACCAUCGGAAAGAAGAGUGCAAAAUGCGUCAGGUGACGUGCAAGUACCAGUGUUUUGUGAAAAUGCUGGUGGCUCAUGAAAAGGAGCGGCAUGAAAUGUGGGAAUGCGCUUUCCGACCCAUUUGGUGUCCACUUGGUUGUGGCGCAGUGUUUGUCUGCAACACACUCAAGAAACAUCAGCGUUCGUGCACCAUGCGCUUUGUUGUUUGUGGAAAUGGUUGUGGCGAGGAGCUCCGUGAAAAGGACCGUGCCGACCACGAGCAACAUCAUUGCAGUCUGAACAAAGUGCAGGGUCAGAUUACACGUAAAACGUAG